AUUGGAUCCACCUGAGAAGUCAUCCUUCCGUUCGGUUCAACCCGAUCGGAGUACUACCAAAAAAAUGGUUUAACCCGAUCCGAGUGUUCCCUCUUUUCUCCACUGAAAUCUUGCUAGAAUUUCAUACCGAUUUCAAGAUUUCAUCUGCGAUUGAAUCCAGAAGCUGAUUUGGAGAUUUCCUUGACAUGAAUCAGCCACAUUGAUGGGAGAGGAUGAAUUGUGUGAUGUUGUUGUGUGUUUGGGAGGAGAAAUGAUUGGAGAAGUUCCUAACGUAAAGAAAUGGAUAGUUUUCUAUCCUGUUAUAUAAACUCGAAGAAAACAGUUGCUGAGGGGAGGAGAAUAGGCCUUAGCAAAAGCAAAUCAUGUGAGAACCCCACUUGUGCUGAAAUUGGCUAUUGCUGCGGCUACCUGAAACUCCCAUUUUCCAUUGAGAUUGAUAAGGCAUACCCCUUUGAUUUAAUGCAAAGAGGGAUGGUGAGGGUGCUACUGAAGAAGGAAGAUGGGACUUUAUACAAUCCAGCCAUUUCUUCAACUUCCAGUAAGGAUAUUUUUUAAAAUUUCCUUCAUGUGUCUUCAGAGCCUAAUUAUAGAGUAAUAAUUUCAUAAGAGUUGCGUAUUUGAUAUAAUACCUUUGUUAAUGAGGUGGUUAUUGAAGCUGACAGAGAUUUUUACGUGAUAGAAUGCCAUUGUGUUUGGGUGGAGUGGUAAUUAUUGUUCUGUUGCUGGUCCAGGGAUCAUCCAGGCAUGGUUGCAAUGUCAACAUUUUAUUGAUUCAACAUCCUAAAAUCAAAAUGAAAUGUAUGUUUAUUUUUGCUUGAUUCAUUGCAGGGAAACAGCUGAUGGUUCAUGUUGCAGAGUUGGUACCUAGACAUCCUGGGCGGACAAAGAAGUGGGAACCCCCAUCCACAUCAGGAGCUGGACCUUCUAAGUCUGGAAAGGGUGGAAACACUGGAUGGAACAAACUGGUUUUCUCACCAACUUUUUUGCAAAGCAUAGGCUUCUCUUCCCCUAGAGUUCAACAUCUUCAUGUGUUAAUAUUUUCUUCAGGUUAACCUCUACUUCCUUUUUAGAUAAAGUUCCGACUUCUAAGAUGACUUAUAUGAUUGUGACACAAUUGAGUGAUUAAAUCUUGAACCUUCUC